AUGUGGGUCCCACAUGGGGAAAAAAAACCAAUCAAAGACCUGUUUCCGCCUCCGCCCUUGUAAUCACUCCUCAAUCCCCCCCUCUCUCUCCCUUCGCCGGACCUUUUAGAGAGAGAAAGUAACCGCCGACGAUGGCCACUCCUCCUAAAGAAAACAGCAACCAACAGAAUGAUCAGCAUCGUCCCAUUUCUACUAUUGUUAUCAUCAUCGCUAUGCAGACGGAAGCACUGCCUCUUGUGAAUGCGUUUGAGCUCACAGAGGAUGCUGAUUCUCUAUUUCCGAAGGGAACACCUUGGGUCCGCUAUCAUGGUACUUACAAAGGUUUAAAUGUGAAUAUCAUUUGGCCAGGGAAAGAUGCUGUUUUAGGAGUUGACAGUGUUGGCACUGUUUCUGCAUCUCUUGUAACUUAUGCUGCUAUUCAAGCCUUGCAACCCGACCUCAUUAUAAACGCUGGCACUGCUGGUGGCUUCAAAGCAAAAGGAGCCUGUAUCGGUGAUGUGUAUCUUGCAUGUGAAGUUGCUUUUCAUGAUAGAAGGAUACCAAUCCCAGUUUUUGAUCUCUAUGGUGUUGGUUUGAGACAGGGAUGCUCUACACCAAAUCUUGUGAAGGAACUUGAUUUCAAGGUUGGUAAACUAUCUACAGGGGAUUCUUUGGACAUGACCCCACAGGAUGAAGCUUCCAUACUUGCAAAUGAUGCUGUCAUCAAAGACAUGGAGGGAGCUGCUGUGGGUUAUGUAACAGAUCUUUUAAAAGUGCCAGCAGUAUUUGUGAAAGCGGUUACAGAUAUUGUGGAUGGGGACAAACCGACUUCCGAGGAAUUUUUGCACAAUUUGUCAGCAGUGACAGUUGCACUCGGGAAAGCGGUCACACGGGUAGUUGAUUAUAUCGCUGGAAAAGCCGUCUCAGAACUCUAAAGCUACAUUUUGGUCAGAAAAUUACAGGAACUUGUUCAAAUAAAGCAUUGGUUUAGAUGUGAAGUCUUCAUAGCUAGAAAUCACUAGUUGACAUUCAGUUGCUAUAUUCUCACCUGAAACCAAAAACUUUAUUAAUCUUGUUUGUCAAAUUAUUUGCUUUGUGGAAGCAAAGCAUACAUCCAAUUUUUAAUAGAAAUGUAAGGGUUGUUUAUUUAGGCA